GAUCAAUAUAUCCUUUAUUAUGACCCAAAUAGGGAAAGAAAAACCACGUGAGACUUUUGACAAUAUCGUCUGCGAUUUAAAUAAAUGAAGUGAUAAUUAAAAAAAAUGUGUACAAAAAUAACAAAUAGUUUAUAUUUUAUACGAGUGUAAAACACAAAAUGCCUAAAAAGUUUGAUUUCAGUGUUGUUUAUGUCACUAGUGAGGAUCCAAAAUUUAGGUCCACCGAAUUCAACACUCAUGGUCCAUGCGUAAAAGGUUGGCAGUCGGCGAAAAAUUGCGAAUAUCCGCAAGAAAUUGUGAUAAAGUUGCAUAGAAAAUGUUUUUUGGAUUGCGUACAAAUUUUAGCACAUCAACACUUAAUCCCAACCCAGGCAGACUUAUAUUACACCAAUGACGAUAUAAAUUCAUCCGACGAUGUGACAAACAUAAACUGGGAGUAUGUUGGUUAUAUAUUGUUAUCGGAUAACGUGACUGCCAAUUUUAACAGCAGGGAAUUAAAAUCGGCCAAUGUACCAGCACAUAAAGCAACAUUUGUCAAAUUGGUUCUGUAUGAAAACCACAAAAAUGAAUUUAACAAGUACAAUCAAGUGAGUUUAAUAGCUAUUAAUAUAUUGGGUAUGGAAUUGGAACAUAGAAGAUUGUCAAGUUCUGAAAGCACAGAAGAAAAAUUAAACGCAAUUUUAAAUAAUCCGGAAUACACAUCCCCUUAUGACGAUUUAUAUUUUAUUAUGUAUGUUGACACGGAUGUGGCAAAAAUAAUAAGAGACAUGGAAAUUAAAAAACACGUGGCUGUUAUAAAUGAAAGAUUUGAAUACGCGAGGAAAUUGAAACAUGCAAUGUUAAGCCUUAAAACUGCAGGCGAAAAGUUGGGUAAAUACGAAUUGGAAAAAAGGCACGCCAUUGAAAAAGAGGACUACGAAAGGGCCAGGCAGAAAAAAAUGCAAAUGGACGAAUUUAGAAACAAAGCCUAUCAAGCUGCAGAAGUUGAUCAACUGUUGGAAUUGAAUGGGUUGUGUCCCAAAAACGACGAAUGCGCAGACGAACAAGAUCCACGUGCUUUACUUUCCCCCACUCUACUUAAAACUGAUAAAAGAGCCGUUUCCCCUAACCCUGUGCAAAACCAUGGCUCUCCUCUGUUGCCAAGACACGCGAGUCCAAAAAGAAACUCUCCCAACGUUGGUAGUCCCACCAACUUCCAGACAAGAGGUUCUUUCAGGAGAAGAAACAAAUCUGCAGGGUCGCUCGCAAAAUCGACCUUCGAAAUGUACGAGGAGAAACCCUUGCCGGCUUUAAGACACUCUCAUACCAACGAAUUCCUGAGGGAAUGCCAAUUAGAAGCCGACCCCAAAAUACAAUCAAAACUGACAGAUCGCGAAAAAAAGCAAGCUGCCUUACCAAUUCUAGUGUUUGGCAACGACUUAGUGGAGAAAUUUUACUCGAAAAACUAUUGUGAUAAAGAGGACGGCUUGAAUAAGCUUAAGGAGGAUCUGAUAAGCUACGAUAAGUCAAGGAUGCACACCGCCAAUAAGACUGGACGAGCGGCGAUAUUUUUAUUGCACAGAUCUUUGAGGGAUAAGGUGUUUUCGGUGUACAAUUUGGCCAACGAAGUGAUAAGGUUGUAUUUCACACAAUUCGUCCCAGGAAGAGUUACUCCAACUGAAGUAUCCAGAAGUGUAGAUAAGUUAUUACCGGAGUUGUUGACUAAGUCUGGAGAUACCAGUGCAAGAAUCCACCACAUGGCCGUCCACACCAUUCUAACCAUGGCAGAUUGCAAAAACGUUAGAGACCUUCAUAUAAUACCAGUUCAUUUGAGUAGGCCAGUUAGUAGCAGUACACAUCCUAGAUUAGCGUUAAGUAGAGCAGAAAUGGUUGAGCAACUUAUUCUAAGCCAUGGAAUAUCGUCUGACAAACAAAGCGGAUUGACUUGUCGAACGUUAUCCGAGUUCGGAUCUAGCGGUCUUCAUCACCCCGCCGAGGCAGUCCGUAAAGUAUCCGAGCGCAUACUGGUGCUGGUGUACCGAGUCAACCCGAGGUUGGUUCGGAAACAGCUGCCGCCCGAUGACGACAUAACGCGCAGGAACUUGCUCUACCGGCAAUUGUUCCACGAGUUCGACAAGAUCGACCUUCAAAGGAAAAAAGAGAUGCUGGAACGUAACAGACUGAUUCAGCAGUGCUCCGCCAUGCCUGUAAACCCCGACUGUUUCAGUCCGGAGCCUAUUUCCAACGGCAAAACCGAAAUCAGCAAAUGCCCGAGCACAACGAACCUAACCAAUCACGAGCCGAAUCGAACCGAUAAACUGUCGAAGAGUAAAAGUGGGGGGGACAUAGUCAACAACGGAUUGAAAUCGGAGAAGGGGGGGCAGAGUUCCAGCUCCGCUAGCGGGAUAUCGACACCCAGCAACGGUUCCCAGAAAGAAGAAGAUGAAAAGCAGUGCAUUUUCUGCAAUCAACUCGAGACUCACAUUUUGACAGCUAGUAACUCAAUGAACUCACACUAUUGGCGGAGUUGCCCCAUGUUGAUUAGAUGCGCAGAAUGCAGCCAAGUUGUGGAAGUUGCAACGUUAACUGAGCAUUUAUUGGUCGAAUGCGAGAAGCAUUUGGACUACACGCAGUGCUCUCAUUGUUCGGAGGCCGUUAGAAUUGAGGAGUAUCAAAAUCAUCCAUCAGAAUGUUCAGAACUUUCCGAGGGAAGCAACAGGUGUCCCCUGUGUCACGAAAAUUUGGAGGACGAGGAAGGUUGUUGGAGGAAGCACUUUAUGGGGGUAAAACCGUGCUCGAAAAACACCAGGGUAAAACAAACGGUUCAGAAACAGGUGGUUAUUCAGGGUUGAAUUUUUUAAAAAAUUUUAGCACAAUUUUAACAUAAUCACUUCAGUACUUGGCUGUGCUUUACAUGCAUUUUCCGUUGUGAUUUUUUCGGCGCAAUAUUUGUGAUAAACUAUUUUUUAUUACACUUCAUCCUUUUAAUAUUUUACCGCUGACAUAAUCAAUAGUAACAAUAGUUAACUAGCUGAUUAUAGUGAGAUAUUAAAACCUUCUAGAGUUAUUAAAAAUUUAUUUUAUUGUAAAACAACUUUUUCCUAAGUCAAUAAUAAACUGUUAUACAAUACUUAAAAAUCUUAAUCAGAAUAUUGAAACGUCCAAAUAAAUAAUAUACAACAAUUAAAUCAUUGUGCAUCAUUUUUUACCUGCUCAGUUUCCAUUGGUGCUGUUUCUUCUUUAGGUUCUUCAGUUUCAUCAGCAGGUUCUACUGCCUUCUUGUAUUUAUUAGUAUCUAA